AUGGCGUCAUUGGAGCCGCUGCAGAAUAAAACUUGGGAUUUGUCCCUCUACGAGCUGAACCGGACACCACAAGAGGCAAUCACCGAUAAUACCGAAAUUGCUGUGUCACCUCGCAGCUUGCAUAGUGAACUGAUGUGCCCUAUAUGUCUAGAUAUGCUUAAGAAAACAAUGACGACAAAGGAGUGCUUGCAUCGAUUUUGCUCGGACUGUAUCAUCACUGCACUUCGAUCUGGUAAUAAGGAAUGUCCGACGUGUCGCAAAAAACUGGUGUCGAAGCGCUCACUUCGACCAGAUCCGAAUUUUGAUUUGUUGAUUUCUAAGAUUUACCCAAGCCGUGAUGAAUAUGAAGCACAUCAGGAGCGUGUUUUGGCUAAAUUUAAUCAAAGCCAUUCACAACAGGCACUUGUACAUUCCAUUAAUGAAGGUAUCAAACUUCAGUCACAAAAUAGACCUAAUCGUAAGCAAAAAAGUGAAAAUGACCUGACAGCAGCAUCUGCAGCCGCUACUGCAGCGGCUUCUGCUUCCGCAACGGUUCCUGCGGCCAUUGUCCCUGCUGGAACAGCAAAUCCGCCGACCGGUUCGAACAACCCAAUAAGCAAUAAUCCUGCUGCUAUUAUUAAUGGAACAGUCGGUGAGCUAGGAACGAUGAAUCGCGAAGGGUCUUCCAACAGUCAAGUUGGUGAGUGCACAAGGCAACCCUCGAAUCCACCUUCGGUUAGAAGCACUCCAUCACCGGUUCCAUCUAACGUUAGUUCGGCAAGCAAAGCCAAAAGGGCUAGAUCGGUUUUAACGUCAGAAAAAUCUGAGGAGUCGGAAAGUAAUAGCGAAAUGGACGGCAGAACCGAGGAGAAUGAUUCGAAUCUGGAUACGGAAGGCGAAGGCAAUUCCGAACAUGGUAGUGACGAAAUUGAGCUAGUAUUCAAACCACAUCCGACGGAGAUGGCUGGCGAUAAUCCUUUGCUGAAGGCACUGAAGGAAAAUUCGAUUCGAUAUAUUAAGACUACAUCUAAUGCUACUGUUGAUCAUCUCAGCAAAUACUUGGCAAUGCGACUAACACUUGAUUUAGAAACCGAGCUUCCGGAAGCAUGUCGGCUGGUGAACUUCUGCAUUUAUAUUGCCCCUCAACCAUCACAACUGGUUGCUUUAAGUGGCAAUCAAGCUUUAUCACAAGUUAAUGAAAAGUUUUGGAAGGUCAAUAAGCCUCUUGAGAUGUACUAUUCCUGGAAAAAAUCCUAGGGAACCGCCUAACAGUCGAAGCGCAGUGGAUGAUAGAUACUAUGAGAGUUUGGAGCAAAAAUAAAUAGGCCCGUCGCUUUUAAGUACAUUACUAAAAUGUAUACUUUUCCGCGCACUGCUUUACUCGUCUGGUAAGGUACGCGUUAGUUGUAGUUGUAACAAUUGAAACUGAUUAAGAAUCAUUCAACUUGCUUCUUUAGUCGGAAAGUUAAAAUAUAAAUAUUUUAUUAAUACACAUAUUUUGCUUACAACUUAUGCCUGUCAGCUGUCAUACAUUGAAACCGCAUACCUACCAGGAGAACGUGACGGAUAAAGUUUGAGGGCAAAUGUUUUGACAAAUGAUCGGCUUUUUAGACACUUGUUUUAAUGGAAUACGGCUACAAGAGUAUAAAGAUGUGUUAUAAAUAGAACACGGAACAUCGCCUUUUGGGCGGUUACUUUUUGUGGUAAACCAAAAAUAACCGCAAGCAAAUCAUUUCAAUCCUCUGAACCAUUUGGUAAAGUGCAGUAACCUCAUUUAUUCAUUUGUUUGUGUACAUUUUACAUGUAAGGUACUGGAAAAACAAUAAAAGAUCGAUUAAGUAAUUUGGUAAAAUAAGAUCGUCAUGUCAGAAUGUCUUCAGCAACAUUAUGUAUUGAUGUGUAUUGAUAAAUUUGCUAAAUAUAUUAACUUAUG